AUGACUGAACCCCUCCUUUUCAGCAUUGCACAGGGUGUGCUGGGGAAGAUAGCAUCCCCGGCGCUCCAAGAAGCCGUCGCAAUUUACUGCGUUGAAGAUCAGAUCCACGAGCUUAAAAAAACCUUGACUGCCAUUACGGCCGUUUUGUUAGAUGUUGAGGAGCAACAGGCGAAGAACCACCACCUGCAACUGUGGCUGCGCUGGGUUCGAGACGUGUUGUACGAUGCGGAGGAUGUGCUUGAUGAACUCGAAUGUGAAGUCUUAAGGAAGCGGGUAAUCAGUCGGUACGGGGGCAUCAAAAAGAAGGUACACCGCUUCUUUUCCAUCUCUAAUCCACUGAUACUCCGUGCAAAAAUUAGUCAUAAAAUCAAGGAGAUUAGGGAGACAUUAUCUAAAAUUUCCAUCGAGAAGAAUCGAUUUGAUCUUAAUGAGCGGAGUGUUGACAAUGGUGUGGUGCAUUUGCGAUCACGAGAGAUGACUUACUCGUUCACAAACAAGUUGGAUGUUGUCGGAAGAGAAAGUGAUAAACAAAAGAUAAUUGAGAUAUUGAUGCAACCAAAUGGUAAAAACCUCUCGGUGAUACCCAUUGUUGGAAUAGGAGGUAUAGGCAAGACAGCCCUAGCUAAAUUAGUUUACAAUGAUGACCGUGUGAAAGAGCAAUUCAAGUCGCGUCUAUGGGUGUGUGUGCCCGAGGACUUUGAUUUUAAAAAAACUAUCGACGGAAUCAUCAAAGAUGCAACUGGUCAAAGCUUGAGUAAUCUUGAUAUUCAGCAAUCACGAACCAUUUUGCGAGAUACCAUCAAAGAUAAGAAAUUUCUACUAGUCUUGGAUGAUGUAUGGAGCAACGACCGCGGUAGAUGGGAAGAAUUGAAAGCUUUGCUAACCGAAGGAGCUAGUGGAAGCAAAAUAAUUGUGACAACACGCAAUUCAGAAGUUGGUUCUAUAAUGGGUACCCAUCCAGCGCAUUAUCUAAAAGGUCUUUCUCAAGAAGAUUCCAUGACCUUGUUCAAAAAAUGGGCGUUAGAUCAAAAGGAAAAGCAACCACGUCCCGAUCUCCUUAACGUUGGAAAUGACAUUGUCAAAAAAUGUCAAGGAGUUCCUCUCCUUGUGAAAACUAUGGGGAGUCUACUUUACACGAAGGACAAAGAAUGGUAUUGGGCUCAUAUAAGAGAUAGUGAGAUAUGGAAGUUAAUGGAAGAAAAAGGGACAUUAUGUUGGUGCUUAAACUUAGCUAUGAUCAUUUACCGCCCCACUUAA